CAAGGCGGGUGUCCUUGUACGCGGAGCGCCCCCUUUGGAAGGCAGAUAACCGCUGUAGCGUACAUGAACACCGUGGAAACGUGCAUAGUAAACAUGUGGACGGUGCUGGCACGCAUCCUGUCUUCGCUCAUGCUAAGCACAGCGCGAAGUGUCAUCGACUUUCCCGUUCAUCUUGGCAGGGCUUAUACGGGCAACGAGCAGGACAUCUGCAAGGAGAUUGGAGGCUUGGUCACUGAAAAGGGUUACCCCUUCGAGCGACACCAUGUUAACACGGAGGAUGGAUACAUAAUUGAAAUGCACAGGAUCCCACACGGCAGAAGACCAUGCCCAGACCCUUGCCAUCGAACACCCAUCUUCCUAUUGACUGGCCUUCUGGCAGAUUCAACGUCCUUUGUCAUGGACUAUCCAGAACAGUCACUGGGAUUUGUUCUCCCCGACAAUGGCUAUGACCUGUGGCUGGGAAAUGGACGAGGUAACACGUUCGGCAGGCUGCACAAGAGGAUCAGUUCGGACUCGAAGGACUUCUGGAACUUUACUUUCCACGAACACGCCCUGUAUGACAUCCCAGCGCAGAUUGAUUAUAUUCUGGACAAAACAAAAUCGAAAAGUCUGCUGUAUAUUGGCCUAUCCCAGGGAACGCUGGAGUUCUUCACGCUUCUUUCUGAGAGACCGAGUUACAACGAGAAGAUCAGAGCCUUUGCUGGACUCGCACCUUUUCAUAAACUAGCCCACAUAAGAGUCGGCGGUCUGACAAUAAUCAAGCCUUAUAUGAGGAGAUUUUUGGAAAACGUCGAUAACGUUGGCAUGUUGGAAUUCGGUCAUAGGCGGUAUUCAACGCUGAAAGUGGUGCGCGCGGUAUGUGCGUUGCCAGUCAGACGUGUUUGUGCUUUAGCAGGGGAUGCUUUCAUAAACAUGGGUAGCAAGUACAUGAACAUGUCCAGACUUCCAGUGUACCUGUGCCAUUUUCCAGCCGGGACUUCGGUUAAAAAUAUGCUCCAUUUUGAACAGCUAAUAGCGUCCAAGAGGGCUCAAAAGUUUGAUUAUGGCCCUGAAGUCAACAGUGAAGUCUACGGACAGGUGGACCCACCGGAGUACACUCUGGGCAACGUGAGGACAGACGUUGGAUUAUUCUGGAGCAAGGGAGAUCAGUUUGUUCCACCUGAAGACGUCGAAGAGCUCGCAGCAGCGCUUGGCGAACGAGUCAAGAAAACGCAUUACAUCGACGACCCUUUCUACACCCAUAUGCAUUUCGCCGUUUCCAAUAAUAAUCCUACAGUGCUGUAUAAAGACCUGCAGGAAUUUCUCGGGAGGUACAUCAAGUGACGGUCGUGUAAGAGAGGUGGCUGUGACGCGAAUGUAUGCAAGAACGGAUGACGUAGCAUAUUGUGCCUGUCUGAUGCAUUCACUGAAUAAAAAUAUGACAAUGUA